AUGGCACUUCCGGACGACCUGUGGCGUGAGUGUGCAGCGUGGCUUACUCGUUGCAAAAUAAUUCCAGCAGAUCACAGGGCAAACUGGACAAAUUCAGAAAUCAAGAUACUGGCACUAACAUUAAGAGAUGGCGUACUAUUGUGUAAUUUAAUUCACUUCCUUGAUCCUUCAAUGGAGCCUAUAGAAUUCAACAGACGUCCAAGAGAUGCUCAGUUUCUUUGCUUACAAAACAUCAGAUUAUUUUUGGAUUGUUGCCGAUCCAAUUUUCAAAUUCGCGAAUCAGACCUUUUUGAAGCUCAAAUGCUUUACGACCUCACACACUUUCAUCGAGUUUUAAUUACUUUAUCGAAACUUUCACAAUGUCGAAAAGCUCAGAUCAACCACCCAUCGAUUGUCGGAUUCAGUGCUCAAAUGAUGCCCGCUGAACGAAGUAUAUCAGAGGAAGAUAUUUACAAAGACCUUCAUACAACAGCUGCAACUAACAAUAACGGUGAAACUGAAAACGAAACCCCAAAAUCAUCAGAAGAUGAUGAAAAUAACAGCGAAGAGUCAUCCUCAAAUGACAUCAAUCUCGUUGAUUCAUCAAAUAAUCAGUUGAUUAAGUGGACGGCAGAAGAUCUCGUUGCUAUCGACGAUAGUGAGGAGAAAAUCUAUGAGGAUCUUUGUUACGUUACCAUCUCGUCUACAUUCCCUUCUGAGGUUUUUAUCAAUACUUUGUUAUCUAAUCUUGCCAGUCAAUCCGACAAUGCAGCAUUUCGAUGUGAUGAUGAAGACAACACAAAAGAGGAAGAAGUGUAUCAAGAUUUAUGUGCCAUAGAGAGUAGUAUAGCGAGAACUCGUGAGCAGUCAUCAAUUACCGCGAGUCUCGAACAAAGGGAUUUUGUGAUCAGGGAACUCGUCGAAACUGAAGCCAACUACCUCGAUGUCUUAAAUGCUUUAAAGUAUAAAUUUAUGCAGCCGAUGGAGAAGCUUCUCAAAGAUGAUAUCAAAACAAUGUUCCCCAGAAUAAAGGAACUUGUUGACAUUCACAAAAGCUUUCUUGAAAAACUCCGCGAGGCAACAAAAUCUCAUUCCAAAACCAAACUAAGCUCGGUCUUUAUUGAAUUUCGUGAAAAGUUUCUUAUCUAUGGUGAUUACUGUUCCAAAAUGACAGAGGCGACAGACACAUUGAGAGAUGUUUGUAAGAGAAGUGUUGCUGUUGAACAGUUGGUUGCUCAAUGUCAAAAGGAUCACAGUUGUGGGCGAGUUCAAUUGCGUGAUAUUUUAUCAGUGCCAAUGCAAAGAAUCUUAAAAUAUCAUUUAUUGUUAGAUAAGUUAGUUCAUGAAACAUCACCAACGCAUGACGACUAUCGAGGUUUAGAAAGAGCUAAAGAAGCAAUGGUUGAUGUUGCUCAAUACAUUAAUGAAGUGAAACGUGAUUGCGAGCAAUUGAAUGUCAUUAAGAAAGUUCGCGAAUCAAUAAUUGAUUUGAACUUACCAAAUGGAAAUGAAUUAUCGCAAUAUGGUCGUUUGCUGCUUGAUGGCGACUUGAAUAUUAAAGCUCAUGAGGAUCAAAAGCACAAACAUCGAUACGCAUUUAUUUUCGAGAAAAUUAUGAUUCUGGUGAAGAACUCAAACACUCGUAUAGGUGAAGGACAAUACACUUUCAGAGAAGCACACAAUCUCGCUGAUUAUGUCAUUGAAAUGGGGCAUUCUAGGAAGACUUUGGGACGUGACGCAAGGUUUAAGUAUCAACUGCUUCUAGCGAGAAAGUCAAAGGAAGCAGCUUUUACUCUCUACAUGAAGACAGAUGUUGAACGUGAGAAAUGGCGAAAAGCCAUAAACGAUGCAAUUGAGAUGAUUGAUCCACCAGCUUGUAAAAGUACUGACCAUAAAUUCGCUAUGAUUACAUUCGAAAAGCCAACAGCAUGCCGACAUUGUUCCAAAUUUCUGAAAGGUUUGAUUCAUCAAGGCUACAAAUGUCGAGUUUGUGAAAUUUGUGUUCACAAGGGUUGCAUCUCAUCGACAGGAAGAUGUCGUCAAAUUCAACCUCCACCAGUUUGUGAUCGAUAUUUGUCAGAAUUUAACUGGUUUGUUGGUACAAUGGAUCGUGAGAAUGCAACAGCAAAGCUUGAGAACCGUCGGGUUGGAACAUAUUUGUUGAGAUGUCGACCGCAAGGUGCUUCCGAUUCUAAGGAAACUUUAUACGCUUUAAGUUUAAAAACCGAUAACAGCGUCAAGCACAUGAAAAUCUAUCAGAAAGUUGAAGACGGUCAAACGCAUUAUUUUCUAUCAACGAGGCGAUAUUUUAGGACAAUCGUUGAGUUGGUUUCAUUUUAUGAAAGAAACGAUUUGGGUGAAAAUUUUGCUGGCUUAAACCAAUCACUUCAAUGGACGUUCUAUGAGAGAACAGCAACAGCUUUGUAUGAUUUUACGCCUCGAGAACCGAAUCAAUUGCCUCUUAAGAAAGGCUGUUUAAUAUAUAUCAUAAGCAAAGAAGGUGACAGUCGUGGUUGGUUAAAGGGUCGCUCAAUGGAUAGAAUUGGAUUCUUUCCUAAAACCUUCGUUCAAGAGAACUCGUCAAACGACGAACUAUGAUUUAUCGAAGAGUAUUACUUGGUGUUCAUUGAAUCAUCUUCAUGUAAGUCCAGUGAUAAGUAAAAGAAAGCAGAAAUUGAAAGUGCAAACGAAACUUUUUUGCUUGUCUCGUAAGUGAGAAAAAACAACAAAAUGAAAAUCUGAAACGAAAAACGCUCACAAAAUGAAGAAAAAUGAAAAUUAAUUUGUGAAACCAAAGCAAAGAAAACAAAAAAAAUGCUUAGGAUAUGAAAAGGAUCUUAUAACAUUUAUUAACCACCCAAAACACAUCAGCAGCGUAUGUAAUUGUAGUAAGUAACGUUAAUUAAUUUAAUUAUGAUUAAUUAAAAAUCUUUAAAGCACAAAAAUUUAAUUCAAUUGCUCCAAAUAUCAAAACUGUUGUGUGCGAAGAUCGCAUUAAAUUAAAAAUGUUUUUUCGAUGCUGAUUCGGAUCUUUUCUUUUGAAAGCACUGGAAAAAGUUUUGUCGAUUUCAAUCCGAGUCAUCAUCGCUUUAUCAUUGAAAACAUUCCUUCAUAGUUCAUAUCAACACCAAAAGUCGCUUAGAAAAAUUUUUAUUUAAUAAAUUUUCGUUCUUUUAACAAAUUCACGUUUCGAGUAAAUUUCGAUUGAUUUCCAAUAAAAAGAAAAUUAUUUUAGCAUUAUUAUUCAUAAGAAAAUGAUGAAGAGAAACGAGUUUGUAACAUUUUUCAAUCCAGUCCAGUGAAUCUCGUGUCUUGUAAAAACAAAAAACAAAGUCAUGGCCUAAUUAAAUAAGGAGGAGGAUUUUUAAUUUCGUUUCGUAUGAACAAGAGUGCAAUUAAAUUUAGUGAAAAUGUCGGUAAAAGUUCUGAAGAAUCCGAAAGUGAUUUGGACAUCUUCAACUUCACUAUGUUCGUGACUGUUAGUUAUCAUUCGUAAAUUAUUUUCCAUGUUAUUAGAAUUUCGAUUAUUGAUAUAUCAAAAAAGAAAUUAAAAUUAAAAUCUUUAACUAUUUUUUAUUAAAAAUCUGAAUAUCAUUCACAUCCUUCCAUCCCCGAUAGAUAGAAAUAAGAUUUUAAAAAAGCAGAAAAAUAUUUUGAAGAAAAUUUAUACGAAAAUGUGAAAAGCUUUAAGAGAACUUUUUAUGAACGAAUUUUCCUUUGGAAUGGAAUUUUAAUGGAUUGUCAAUUGAUUUUUGGAAAUGAAAACUUAUAGCUUUGACUUUCUGCUUAUAUUUGAAUGAAUAUAAGCGAAUAAUAAACGAUUUAUGACGAAAUCCGCAAGUGUUGAUCGCUGUCAGAUCACGAAUCUUAUCUACUUAUAAUAAUAAUGAAAACAUUUUCGAAUAAAACUUUUGAUUAAACUAAAUCUGUAUGGGACUUGCUCUCUUCGCGCCUCUUAUCUCAAUGUUAUGACUCUAAGGAGCAUUUAAUGUGUCUAAUGUAGUAAGCUUAAGCUUUAACUUAUGAAUGAACAAAAUACAAACAAAAUAAUGAAAAUGUAAUGUGCCAACAUACGAAUAUAUCUGGAUAAAUAAAAAUAAUAAAAUAAAGCAUGAAAAACUUACAC